AUGGCAAAAGACGUUGAAGUUGCUGAACGUGGCUCUUUCUCUAACAAAGACUACCAUGACCCUCCUCCAGCACCACUGAUUGAUGCUGAAGAACUCACAAAAUGGUCCUUUUACAGGGCCCUUAUUGCCGAGUUCAUUGCAACUUUGCUUUUCCUUUACGUUACUGUUUUGACUGUGAUUGGUUACAGUAUCCAAACUGAUGUUAAAGCUGGUGGUGAUGAGUGUGGUGGUGUUGGUAUUCUUGGUAUUGCUUGGGCUUUUGGUGGCAUGAUCUUUGUCCUUGUUUACUGUACUGCUGGAAUUUCAGGGGGUCACAUUAACCCAGCAGUGACAUUUGGGCUACUAUUGGCGCGUAAGGUGUCUUUGGUGAGAGCAGUUAUGUACAUGGUGUCUCAGAGUUUGGGGGCUAUUUGUGGAGUUGGGUUGGUUAAGGCUUUUCAAAGUGCUUACUUUGAUAGGUAUGGUGGUGGAGCUAAUUUUCUUCAUGAUGGGUAUAGUACUAGUGUUGGAAUAGGUGCUGAGAUUGUUGGGACUUUUGUUUUGGUUUACACUGUUUUCUCUGCCACUGAUCCUAAGAGAAGUGCUAGAGAUUCUCAUGUGCCGGUUUUGGCUCCACUUCCCAUUGGGUUUGCUGUAUUCAUGGUUCAUUUGGCAACCAUCCCGGUCACCGGAACCGGCAUUAAUCCCGCUAGAAGCCUUGGUUCUGCUGUUAUCCUCAACGAAGAAAAGAUCUGGAAUGACCAUUGGAUAUUUUGGGUUGGACCGUUUGUUGGGGCGGCAAUCGCGGCCUUCUACCACCAAUUCAUCUUAAGAGCAGGUGCUGCUAAAGCUCUUGGAUCAUUCAGGAGUAGCAAUGCUAACUGA